CUUUGUAUGUACACAUUUGAACUCUAAAAAAGGCUAGGGAUUCGGAUUUAUUUAGAUAUAAUUCAGGUUUUCUCAAACUAGAAAAAAUAUUGGGGACAUAAUUGACAUGGGGUUAUCUUUUCUUAAACUAGUUUUGAAAGCUCUCACCAACCUCAGUGAUUCAUAUCUUCAUAAUUUUUUUUAAAGACAGAUGCACAUUAUUCUAUAUUGUCACUUCUUCUAUGCUAUCUGAUUCUCCUUCAAACAGCAAUUAUGUGGAAACACCAAGAGAUAAAGAAGUGGAAAAGAAAGAUGAUUUUGACUGGGGACAAUACUUGAUGGAAGGUGAAGAAAUUGACCUUGGUUCAAAUGUGGACACACCAAACUGGUCUGAAAACAGUGAAGAUGAAGAUGAUCAACAGCCCUUAAGUAGAGAAGAUUCUGGGAUUCAGGUGGACAGGACACCGUUAGAAGAACAAGAUCAAAACAGAAAACUGGGGUCUCGUGUCAGCUGGAAAGGUACUAUGCAUCAUUGUCUUGUAGUAGCACAGGCAUGGGAAUCAAUCUAUAUGAUUUAAGAUACUGGUAAGCUCUGCCAUCCUCACAAAUC